GCACUCGGCGUUGCUGAGCCGCCGACUGGAGGCUGUGCCUAGUGGCGGACAGUGAGUCGCAGGCCUCGGACUACCCCCGUCUGCCGUUUACCCCAUAGGCCGGCUGUCCGCCUCUCGCACCUUUCCCGGCCAGGCCCGCGCCAUGCAGGCUGCCCUCUUCCCCUCCGACAGCGAAGGCGACGACACGGGCGCCCGGGCGCUGCUGGCUCUCAAGUCGGCGCCGUGCAGCCCGAGCCGGCUGAGCGCUCAGCUCAAGAGCGGCGCCGUGCGCUGGGAGCUGGGCCUCGACCCGCAGGCCCCGCCCGACGCCGCUAUCGCCAAGCUCGAGGGCCGGGAUUUCGAGUACCUGAUGCGGCAGGAGUCGGUGACCAUCGGCCGCAACUCGAGCCAGGGCCCCGUGGACGUGAACAUGGGCCACUCGAGCUUCAUCUCCCGCCGGCACCUGCAGAUCACCUUCCAGGAGCCGCACUUCUACCUGAAGUGUCUGGGCAAGAACGGCGUCUUCGUGGACGGAGUCUUCCAGAGGAGGGGAGCUCCGCCGCUGCCGCUACCCCGACAAUGCAUGUUUCGUUUUCCCAGCACUGUGAUAAAGAUUACUUUUACAUCGCUUUACAGUAAGCAGGAGGUGAAGGAGGAGCAGCCACCAUCUCCCAUCCACCCACUCCGCCCACAGAUCUCACCACUCAAAAUUAACAUUCCUGAUCCUAAUAUUGAGCUGGUCAGUCCUAUCCCCUCACCCACUGGUACUAUCAGUGUCCCCAACUCCUGUCCUGUGAGUCCACGUGGUGCCGGCUCCUCUGGUUACCGGUUUGGACGCAACAUCACCAGAGACCUCCAGCUAGCAGCAGCGUUUGCAGAAAAAGCAGCAUCUGAGCAACAGGCAGAAACAUCUGGUGGUGACAGCCCUAAGGAUGAUUCAAAGCCCCCAUAUUCCUACGCACAGCUGAUUGUACAGGCCAUAUCUUCUGCUCAGGACAAACAGCUAACACUAAGUGGCAUCUACGCACACAUCACAAAGCAUUAUCCUUACUACAGGACAGCUGACAAAGGAUGGCAGAAUUCAAUCCGGCACAACCUUUCUUUAAACCGUUAUUUUAUCAAAGUACCACGGUCACAGGAAGAACCUGGAAAAGGGUCAUUUUGGAGAAUUGACCCUUCAUCAGAGGCGAAGUUGGUGGAGCAGGCAUUCCGAAAACGCAGGCAGCGAGGGGUCUCUUGUUUCAGGAUGCCAUUUGGACCCAUUUCUUCCAGGAGUGCUCCUGCGUCUCCCAGUCAUCCAGGACUUCUCUCUCCUCACUCGAGUGGGCUGCAGACUCCUGAAUGCUUGUCACGUGAAGGUUCCCCUAUUUCGCAUGACCACGAUUUCACAAGUUCCAAGUUGGCGUCGGUGCCAGAGGGUCGCUUCUCUCAAAGUGCACCAGGGUCUCCAGUUAGUGGGCAGCCUGUUAUAAUGGCAGUUCCUCCCCAACCUCCUAGUGUUGUAACCAAAUCUAUGGCUUAUAUGCCCACCUCCUUAAUAACUUCCCAACAGUCCACUGGGCAUGCCAUUCAUGUGCUUCAGCAAGCGCCCACUGUAACCAUGGUGAGGGUGCUAACGACAUCGGCCAACACCUCGAAUGGCUACAUCCUUACCAAUCAGAGCCAUAUCGGAAGUGGGCAGGUCAUUCACGAUGGUUCCAAUGACCAGAAAGGAGUCCUUGAUGAUAAGUCUCUUGUGACCUUUACAAAUGUACCUACUGGCAGUCGAGUGAUUCAGACGGUUAGCAGUCAAAUGCCUCAACAUGUACCUGGACAGAUGGUUACUAUCCUUCAGCAGGCACCAGCAACGUCCAUGGGACAACAUCAGCUUCCAGUGAAGACAAUAACUCAGAAUGGCAAACAUGCUGUUCCGGUUACAAGCCUCCAAGGAAAUACUUACGCUAUUACUAAUCCACUACAGAUCCUGGCUGCACAGGCUACAUCUUCGUCCCCUGCAGUUAUGAGCAAGCACCUUGUCACCGAACCACAACAUCCAGCUGUAUCCCUAGGUGAGCCUGAGGCCAAACGGCCCAAGAUGGAAGAGUCAACUGGAUCAAGCUCAGGUCUUGCUGUGAUCACAUCAACUCCACAAAUGCAGGGUGCCAGUGAAUAAGGAAAACAGGAAUCAUGGAAACCGAUUACAGUGGUGAAGAUAUACUCAAGUAUGUUCCACAGAAAAAAAGACAGAAUUCCAAGGUGCCAAACUGAUGGGAGAAAGGAUAUUUAAAAAAAAAAGCAAGCCUACCUUGAACUGAGGUGCUCGUUUUUAACGAGGAAACGAGACAGCUGAUUGUUGGAUUAAGGAUGGCUGAGGUGGCGAUGCAGCCAUCUCCGUAAACUAGGCUUUGUUGGUGUUUUACAAGCCUUAAUUUUUAAAAAAAAGUUAUAAAGGAUUGGUGGGAGGGAAGCAGAUGAAAUGACUCGAGUUCCUCUAGACACAAUGGGGUCUUGCCAAGACUCUAGCUUGGUGAUGUGGAGAUAGUACUCAGUAAAUGUGCUAACUUAUGUUCUUAAUUACUACAAACCAUAUCGGUACUGCUGACGUGCCAUGUUUUGUGCACAUAGCCUUUCCAGGAGAACAGAGAAUUUACUAAUUUUGUCAAACAAUAUUGCCCAAAUUGCAUUGGAGACAUUUUGUGCCAUUGCCCAAUGUCACAAAAUUAAGCCAAUUUUCCUUGUAUAUUGCACUUCGCUAAACUGCAUCCCCACAAUGUGGCUCAUUUGGGGAAAUCCACGAGGAACCCUUUAUAAACAGACAAGUUGUUUGAGUGAGAGUAUGGAAGUGCGGAAGCUCCCCUAUGAGUGAAAUUUAUUUUUAAAAUGGAAUUAGUUAAAGCAAGACAGGACAGUUUAUUAAUACUGUUAAAGUCAGCCUCUUUUGGAGGGGGUUGGGGGUGAAGGAGGAAGAGAACAAAUGAUGUCUGUGCCUUGUGCUUAAUGUCAAUACCUGAGAUAUAACUGGAUUGGUUCCUGAACUAAAAUUAUUUUUAACAGUGCCUGCUUGAUCCCAAACUUUUCAAAAUAUUGCCUCACUGAAUUAUCCCGUCCAAUUUGACAGUGGCGUUUUAAGUUUUUGUUUUCAAACUGUGCCGUUGAGUUAACAAUAGUUUCCCCCAAUUGACCAGCAGAGCAAUAUUUUAACAAUUGAUGUAACUUAGUGGAGCUUUGAUCAGUUAUGUAGUUUAAAUCAUUGAGAACAGGCCUUCCUUUAACUGUUGAAUGUUUUACCAUUGAAGCAAAGAACAUUUCAUGUGCUGACUAUGGCAAAAUAUCAGAGUAAUAUUUACAAAAAAAAAGUACUUGCAAAUUACACAAAUACAGCCACUUUAUUUUUGUCAUUGAAUUCGUUCUGAAUUUCAAUUCACAAUCAGAUCUGAUCAUGCAUAUAUAAUCCACAUUUUUUAAUUGAAUUAGACUCUCAUUUUAGAAAUGGGAGUUACAUGUUUCUAUUCUAAAGUAUGCAAGUAGCUUAAGAAAUUGGUACUACAAAUUCAGAUCAACUGGAUCUGAUUCAAUGCUCUUUUGUUUUUGUCGUGCUGAGGAGACACCAGUAAUAUUGUGCAACGUUUUAAAAACUAUUAAGAGAAUUCUGUAAUUCUCACAAGCUCAUUUAUUAACUUAUGUUUGUAGAUUUUGGUAUUCCACUAAUUUUUAUGUGUUUAUACUUGUUACUCAAAGUUGCAUUUCAGCAAAAACCAUUUCCCUUAAAUCUCCUUUACACAAAUGUAAUUAAAUCUCAGCCAAUAUAGAUUUAAUUUAUUUUGUGGGUUCAUUCCUGACAUAGUUCAGUUUCUGUUGGUAUCGAUAAUGUUGGCUGGAAAAGUAUACAGAUCAUGAAAAAGGUAUGUCAGAGAGAUCGUUAUGACUGGCUCAAGUCUGUUCUAUUAGUGAAUUUUCUGGCAAAUUCUGUAGCUGUAUUGUGAGAGGUAGUGAAUUGCUCUGUAUGACACCGCACACCUCCCCAGUACUGCAAAUGAUAAAAUAUGAAGCUCUGUUUUAUGGAAGUUGGAAUUCUAAAGAUUAGUCAUUCUGGCAAGCCCUUUGUUAAUUUUUGAGAUAACAUGCAAUUUCCAUCUGCACCAUUAACAAAGGAAAUGGAAACAUAUUAACAAAGUAAAAUUAGGAAGCCAGUAAACUAACCUGAUGACAGCUUCAAUUGGAGUGAGGUUUGUAUAACUAUGUUUCAAACAAUAACAUUGGCUGGGUCACUUUUCAGGAAAGUAACCAUCAAGGCAGCUCAAAUGUGGAGGUGCAGUUGUUUGACAAAGCUUUAAUAAUGCAGUGGAAAUCUGUUGUGUGUCUCUGUACAAAAUAACAUGAAAUUUCAGAAAUACAUUUUCUAAAAAUUGAGCAAUAUUAAAAUGCUAUAUUUUGUAUACAUUGUUUUAACAGCUUUCCACUGUAAAUAACUUUUGUUUUAAUAUCAAUGAGUCUUUUGCAAGAAUUUCUUUAAUCUGAAUAUUAUAGAUCCUGAAGAAUGAGAACAGUCAGGAAUGUGAAAAGAGUGUUGAAGCUCAUUCUUUAUAACCAAAAUUUUCUCAUUAUAACAUCCGACUGAGCAACCUCAAUGCCUUUAUUACUUUGUCUGACUGAUUAUUUCAAGCAUAUAUUAUAAGAGAAUUUUUUUUACCUCUGGUAUUUGUUUUAAAUGUAUUUACUAGUAAUACUUGUCUAGAUUCUCUGAUCAUUCUUUUUAUCUUAGCUUUACGUAAUUUAAAAUGUCAGAGCGGUGAACUGCAAGUAUUUGAUUUUGGUGAGGAUGGGAAUUUAGUGGCCAAUAUUCAGUGAUGUUUUACUAUUCAGUGAGUCAAUAUAUUUAAGCUUCCUCAAACAGAUUUGAAAUGCAAAAGCAAAUAGGGUAAUGGGUUAAUUCAGUUUUUUAAAAAAAGUAUGAUGUAAAAUCAUAGCAGGGGAGAAUAAAUUUUAAACGCUGUAAGGCAAUUAUUGUUAUCAAAUACUUAAUGAAAGGAAUGUGCUUAUCAUUUAGAUUGUAAACUACAAAUCAAGUGACUUUUGUGGGGGAAAUGUCCUGUCUACUUAUACUGGGGCAAACCAGAAGUAAUUGUGAGAUGUCCCCACCUCAAGUUUUCAUUUCUUGCAUAUUCAACAGAACAUCUGACAGAUCUAGACUUGAAGCCCAUCAAAAAAACUCAACUUAAUAUUGAUGAUCCUUGUUCUUUUCUCCCUGCCAUUCAGUGCUGCAUACACCAUUCAUUAUUUCCCAAUUGAUGACAAAAUUGCACUCAAUUCAAUUGGAAUAUUUUAUGCUCGAAAUUAAAUUUGCUAUUGCUGAGAAAAUAUAAAUGGACAGAAUGCGAAUUGCAACUUGAUUUUGGACAAUGCAAGUCUGAUGUUCGUCUGUCAAUGCAACUUGUCUAAUGAGGGCAAUGAUAGUCUAGUCUGACUUGAAAUAGAUUUUUUUUCUUCUGACAAUGCAGUACAUUCAGCAUAUACACAAAGCCACAUUUCUCCAUUGUGAAACGAAGUCAAUUUCAAAUGUUUUAAGUCUGCAAUAAACAGCAACUUAGAAGCAGUAAUACAGUCCAAUCCUUGUUAGCAAUGUUUUCCAAGUCUGACAGUAUUGCUAACAUUUGAGCACAGCCAUCCCACACCUUGUAAAGACAUUUUUGAAAGGAAUGUUUAUAUUACCUGAACAGUGUGUACUGCAGGAAAAACACAGUAAGAACAUUGUGGAAUGAUCACAAUAUAUAUUAAUUAAUUGUCAACCAACAAAGUGUAAUUCAUAUAGUACGAAUUCUUUGCAAUGUGUGUUUCCAAUUAGUCCAGCCUUGAAUACCCAUAAUAAGCAUGUGAAGAUGCUGUACUGUUAUUUAAAGAUGCCACUUUGUGUUAGAACUUUACAAUUUUUAUAUUAAAGGCAAAAAGAUUUUUAACAAUGUCAUUGUAGAGCUCACUCCAAAAUAUAUUUAAAAUACAGAUCCUAGCACUUUCAAAUGUGGGUUUAGGGAAAGAAGAUGUUUUCAAAAACUCUAAUUUUUAAAAAAAUUAAAUAAUUGUAUUCUCAUUUAUAAUGUGGAUUUUAAAAUAUAAGUAUAAAUACAAAUUGGCACUUGUAUACAUUGAGUGUUAUCUUAAAUGGAGUGGAAUAGUUUGAAAACACCACAUGGGGCUAGAUUUUCAUUGAUCUGUAAGCAGCUACACUAGUUUAAUUUUACAUGUGGGAUGAAGCCUGAAGUAUGAUAGAUAGUGAUCUAAUGUAAUGUCUGCCUCAUCUUUAUUGUACAAAAGAUAUUUUUUUUAAAAUUAGCUAUAUCUUUUGAAUCUGUCUAGGCAUAAUUUAAUAUCUUCACAGGUUCUUCAGUUGUCUUUGCUAUCAAAACUUUUAGUUAAUUCAGUUGUACUUAUUAGUGCUUUUUAAAUUCAAAUUCUGUCAUUUUUUUUGUAAACUGGACAGUUUGAUUUAUGAAUCUUGGUACAAUUUUCUUUGUUCAAUAUGACAAUUCCUAACUGAUAUGAAAGAUUGGUACUCAUAUUCUAUCCUAACAAAAUGCUCCAUAUCUGACAGGUUCUGGCCAUAGGACAGUGGUUCCAUGAAGCCUUCUAGUGGCAAAGCCCCCACCAGCCUCUUUAUUCAUCAACUAUUUGUUUGUAUUGGAUGUUUCUGUUUUGUAGUUGUCUUCCAGAACCCAGCAUGGCACUGAUGGACAGAAAUCUGAUCUCACCAGAUUACUGCUAACAAAUUGCAAAGGUGGGAGUAAAGGCCUCAUCCUCCAAAAGAUGACCCAGACUGGUGGGGAUGUCAUUUUUCUUUUCUCUCCCAUUAAAUUGCAAGCUCAUAACGAUGCUGUUUGUUCUUCUCCUUUAUGUUUAAUCAGUGCACCCUUAUCCCACCAUAUGUCAAUAAACAAAUCUGUCAGCUAGCAUUUCUGGUAACUCUAGUUGGGAUAGAGUAAUAUUAUAUACACAGGUGAGUACACAUGGCACCUCACCCCUCCUACCAGUGGCUAUUGUAUAAUUCCAUCAAAAUAGAACUGAAAUCUAUUUACUCUUUGAUUUCAUUUUAAAAUCCAGCUUAAGCUCUUAGACUUUUCCGAAUUUUUUCCGAAUAUUCAAUUGAAUGAAGUAUCCUAUACUCAUAGAAUCCCUACAAUGCAGAAAGAGUUAUUUGGCCUAUCGGGUCUGCACCAAGCAUCCCACCCAGAUAACCCCCACCCUAUGCCCAUUAUUACCACAGCUAACCCACCUAACCUGCACAUCCCUGAUACUAUAGGGCAAUUUAGCAGAGGCCAGUCCACCUAAUCUGCACAACUUUGGACUGUGGGAGGAAACCGGAGCACCCAGAGGAAAUCCAUGCAGGCACUGAAAUAGUAUGGAAACUCCACACAUCCAGUUGCCCAGUGCUGGAAUCGAACCUCAGUCACUGGUGCUGUGAGACACUAGUGCUAACCACUGUGCCAACAAGCCAUCCAAGCACUAAACUGAUAAUUUGACUGCUGAUAGAAAUUAUCUAGCAGUAGUAAAUUCCACAUUUGAAAAGUUUUUGAAUGUGUGUUAGAGACAUUCCAAAAGCAGCCUUUCGUUAAAAUUUUAAAACCAUUCACUUUCACAACCAAAUGUGGUAGCUCUUUAUUAGCAUUGUGGUUAAAUAAUUUCAGUAAGAAUUUAAUGUAGAUAAGUAACAGUUUAGAACCAUGCAAAUUAACAUUGUCCUUGUCAAAAUAGAAAACAAAAUGGUCUGCUAUUUGUUUUUAGUCUUCUGCACUUUCCACAUUGAGCAGUGCAAGUGGUUGGGAUGCCUUUUCUCUAGUUUCUAACAUGACCCAGUAGAUAAGUGAAAGGAAGCUAUUUUGCAACCAAGUAUUUUGACUAAUUUGUCAUGCUUUGUAUUUUCUAGCUAUGUAUUGCCAGCAGUCUCUGUUAGCAGAAGGAAUAAUGCUGCUACUUUGUGGUGGACAAUUAUAAUACCAUGACAAAACAAAUCUCAGGUAUACCUCAUGUAUAGUGAGGAAAGCAAAUGGAGCAAUGAGAUUGUGCAUAAAUUAUCCAAAUCUGCCUUUUUUGUUUCAAAAGAAAGUGUUGAACGUAUUAAAUUAAUCGCAACAAACUAGAUGCUGCUAUGAGAAAGUUAUACUGUGGACUAUCUGCAAACUUCUGUAGAAGGGAAGGGAGCACAUCUGCAUUCUUCUUAUCUGGUCAUCGAGAUAAUCUUAGCCGGCAGGAAUAGAUCUGUAGUUAACAGCACAUUUCAGAAAUUGGAAAUAAGAAAAUGAUGGGGUAACAUUUUCAUCCAAUUAAUUGUCUGGCAUGUUACAAUUAGUUAGCUUUGGAUUCUGCAGGAAAAUAAUUCAGAAAUAAAAACAAUAACUUCUGGAAAUACAGUGUAGCUUCAUUAGUAUUUGAAAAUAAGUUAAACUUUUAUAAUGCAGGCUGCUCUGGUUUGAUAAAUUCAGUUCUCCAUUUUAUGAAAAUGCUGGAUAAACUAGUUUUGUAGCAGCAUUUAUGUUCUUGUUUUGAAUGUAACUGUUGGAAAAGAGACUUUUCAAUAUUUUGAGCACGUGGUAUACACCAAACUAGGGAUAAUGUGUAGUUAAGAAGUGCAGUGACCAUUCUAUCUAUUUAGAAAACCAUUUAAAUAUUACAAUUGGCGAAUUCAUUCUUUAUGGUUUUUCCUCAAUGAAAUAAGACUACACUGCCUCAAUCUGUGUUAAUUGAUUAAUUAUAAAUGUGUGACAGUUUAAGGAGAAAUAAAAUCAGACUUAUGUUUUUCUACAUGUUUGCAGUUUUAUUUUUAAACCAAUACAUUGUUUUAAAGUUUAGUAGGAAUUAAUUAUAAUUAAAGUUGCAAUUUUAAAACAGUGUAACUUUUUUGAUAACAUAUAAUUUAAUUGUACAGAUUUUUAGGGAUGUUAUUGCCUAAUUUAGCACAGGAGUUGUCAACAUUUAAAAUGCUGGUUAGUAUAAAGACUGCUUUCCAAAGGGGUCCAGAAGCAAUCUCCACCAAAUUGUUCAAAAUUACUUGCUGCUCACAAAAACUAUUUUGUGGCUUCUUAACUGUAGGUUUUAUAAUAUGCCAAAUUAUAUAAUCUGCUUUGCUCAUUGUGUGGGACCCCAUACAGCAUGUGAUAUUGCAUAACAUGUGAAAUUAUAGAUAAACCUUUCU